CGUGAACUGAAUCUGUGUAAAAAUGUGUUUGGGACACCUCCAAUUCACACCUUGCUAUCGACAUUCACAGAUUUAAGCCACUCCCACAGAAAUUCACUAUUUAUGGCAAUGAUCACUGCGACUGUUCAGAUUCAAAACAACGGUGUGUUUUACAGCUACAAGAAUGGAAAAUGUGCGCAGGAGUGAUGCACGAAGAACGACAAAUAAAGAUACUGAAGAGCAAGACCUGAGGGAAACUGGAGAACUGAACGACGGAGAGAAGAAUCAUUUGACAACAGAACAAUCAUUCAGUUGCUCGCCGGCUGAAAACAACAAAUCGGGAGCCAAAAAAUCAUUCCCCUGUCCUCAGUGUGGAAAAAGCUUUGCACAAAAAGGAAACCUUAAGAUUCACUUUAGGAUUCACACUGGAGAGAAACCUUUCGAAUGCCAUUUGUGUGGCAAGAGUUUCAGGGAUACAAGAAAUCUCAGAGAUCACCGGCUCUCUCACUCUGGAGAAAGAGCGUUUUUCUGUGAUCAGUGCGGCAAAACGUUUAUGUUUGCAGCACACCUGAAGAGACACCUGAGAAUCCAUACAAACGAUAAGCCGUACUUGUGCUCUAUUUGUGGACAGAGUUAUUCACGCAUGGACCAUUUUAAAGAGCACCAGAAAUUACAUGCCAAUGUGCGAGCGCACGUGUGCUCCGAGUGUGGGAGUUCCUUUAAUUUAGCCAGCCACUUGAAAGACCACCAAAAGCUUCACACGGGAGAGAAACCUCACAAGUGUUCACGCUGCGGAAAGUGUUUCACGCAGUCAGGAUCUUUGAAAAAACAUGAGAUAAUUCAUACAGGAGUGAAGCCAUACAUUUGCCAGUCAUGUGGGAGAGCCUUCUGUCAGUCAAGUGCACUGCUCAGUCAUAUAAAAAAGCUUUGCUCAAAGUUGACGCAGUGAGAAAAAGAAAUACUGCACAAAAAGAAAUCCACGAAGUGAAUCAUACAAUAUUUGUACUGAUGAAGUUUGAUUAAAAAAAAAUAAAUACAA